CUCUGCUCGUUCGUUACUGUUAUCUCUGUGAACGCCUUGUUUGAUCACUCACUCUCGUUGCGUGUGUGUGAAUCUCGUCCUUCCCCCGGGUUCGCUCUUCUACCGAGUUCCAAAGGCGCAUUCACCUGCUCCGGGCUCCGACUAUUAUAUCGUCUCGUCGAACACUUCUUACCGCUCUCUCGACUCUUUCUCUCCUCCAUCUGCACUCUCACCGUCUCCGCAUCUCUACGGCUACUACACCGUCUUCAUCUACUCUCCCCCAAACCAACAACCGCAAACAUGCCUCCCAAGCGAAUUCGAUGCACCGCCGCCCAAUGCCGGGAGCCCGCCCAGCGCAUCGUCGGCGACUGCUCCUUCUGCCAAGGGCACUUCUGCGGCAAGCAUCGUCUGCUAGAAGACCACAAGUGCACUGGUCUCGAGGACUGCAAGAAGCAGUCUCACGAACGCAACGCUGCGCAACUCGAGUCGGAGCGAACCCAGGUCAUCCGGGGUGUAUAA